CAUCAACAGGAAGAAGAAACGCUCCAACACCAAAACACUCAACACGGAAGCAAAAGUUUGUUCAGGUGUCAGUCGGUCCAGAGUUGAUUCGCCGUUUGCUCUUCCUGAAAAGGUCUGUUGGGUUGUAGAAGGAAACGUUAGGAGAUGAAAUUAUUUAUCUCGGCUCUGCUGCAGGUGUUGUUGGUGGGAAACAUCCACAGCUGGAAUGACGGCAGCAUCCUGCUCAGAGAUGUCCAAGCUCUGACUUUAUACAGGAACCGCUACACCACAGCAAGGCGCUCCAACCCUGUUCCUCAGCUGAAGUGUGUCGGAGGCUCAGCGGGCUGCCACGUCUUCGUUCCCGAGGUGGUUCAGUGUCUGAACAGAGGCUGGGAUGGGGUGGAUGUACAGUGGGAAUGUAAGACCGAUAUGGACAAUUCGUACCGGUUUGGUCAGAUUGAGGUGAGCUGUGAGGGUUACAACCAUCCUGCAGACGCCUACGUACUGAAGGGCUCCUGUGGACUGGAGUACACACUGGAACUAACUGAAGAGGGCCAGAGGAGGACUGGAGGUAGCUUUGAUGGUGGAUUUAAAGGACAGGGAGGUCUUGGGGGCUUUGCCUCCAGUUUCUUCAAUGGCUUUUUUGGAAACAAGCCUCAGCAGAAGUACCAGACCUUUGACCCGUCAGCCAGUGAGCCUUCAGGAGGUCUGCUGGUUGUCGGUGUGCUGCUGCUUUUAGCCUUCGGUGUCUACAAGCUGUUCCUCAGUGGGGACACGACCCAGUGGGGGCAGGCUGGUGGGCAUCAACGCAGCUCUGCAGCAGGACCACCACCCCCAGGAUUCAAACCAGACUUUACAGCAGGAAAUCCUGGAAGCAACCCAGGUUAUGGUUUCCAUAGCGACUAUACUCAUGGACCACAACACCAAGGAGGCUGGGCAGCUCCAGGGACAGGUGGAGGAGGCUGGGCGUCCCCGGGGACUGGUGGAGGGUUCUGGACUGGCAUGGGAACAGGAGGACUGCUCGGAUAUCUGUUUGGUCGUCAGAGAAACCAGCCCUACAGGCCGCCUCCUUCUAGAGAUGGCUUCUUCUCCGGUUCCUCCUCCUCCUCCUCCUCCUCUUCCUCUGGGACCCGCACAGCUUCAGGUUUUGGAGGAACUAAGAGAAGAUAGAGGAGGUCCGUGUGGUGGUCCCGGGUCGUUUGGAAGAGCAAGGCCGGAUUUUCAGGAAGAGAUUUCAUCAAUAUUUAUCUGUGAUAUGUAGAGAAAAUAGCAGUUUUCUUUUUUAAAAGUGUUUGUGUGUGUAGGGGUGGGCGGUGGGUUCAACCAGAAAAAUCAGAUGAUGAAAAUAAAUAUGUUCCAUAACCUUCAGUUCAUUCAUUUUCUGUAUUUUAUAUGGAGGAGUUUCUGUCCACCCUGAGGCGAAAGCUCAACUCAUUCUGGUCUGUUAGGAGGUUCUGGACCAGGCAGCAGGGAUCCAGUCAGAGGAUGGACUGGUCUCAUGAUGGUUCCCACAGGCAGUGAGUCUCUGCAGAGCUCCCUUCCUGUCUGAAAAUAUUAAACUGAUCCCAUUUCAGAAGACUUGAUCUCCAAACAACACAAAGCUUCCUGAUCUGCUCACAGGUUUUAUAUCAUCAUCAUUCUGGACGUUUGCAGCCGUGCAGGUUGUCACACGGCUGAUUGCUGUGGGGAAUCAGGUCAGGGUGUAAGAACUAGUUGAGCUCGCGCCAAACCAAGGCCACCAUCAGUUCCAGCCUCCCUCUGGUUCAGCAUGUCCUCUGCAGAGUCGCACUGGAUUUAAACGUUUUCAUUGAAACUAACACCACCUCCAUAACUGCUGCUGAUGCAAGAAAAGUUAACUGAGAAACGUCUGAAAUCAUUUAGAAAUGUGUUGGAAGAAUUUCUGAACAAUGAAACAGUAAACAGUAAUCUGUUAAUGUUGAGUUUUCAGCCUCCGCUAUGAUGAAUAAAACCUUCUGAAGGAUGUAAAAAGUUGGAUUUAUUGCAAACUUAUUAAUAAAAUAUUCUCAACAUAA